GUCGGAUAUGGAUUGGACAAACAUGUAGACUAUAGACAGCUAGGCUAGCAAGUUUUCCGUCGCUCAAGUCGCGGGAUCAUAGUGGAGUUCUUCGUUUGUUGUGGUAUGGAGUGAAGAUGGCUCCUUUUCCUGACGAGGUGGACGUUUUUACAGGCCCACACUGGCGUAUGAAACAGUUGGUGGGUCUGUAUUGUGAAAAGCUCUCGAAAACCAACUUCUCCAACAACAAUGAUUUCAGAUCGUUUCUGCAGUCUCUCUGUGCUACAUUCAAAGAGUUCAAAAUGCACGAACAGAUCGAGAACGAGUACAUCAUUGGACUGCUGCAGCAACGUAGCCACACUGUCUAUAAUGUGCACUCAGACAACAAGCUCUCCGAGAUGUUGACGCUCUUUGAGAAAGGACUCCGGAGUGUCAAGAGCGAGUACGAACAGCUGAAUUAUGCGCGUCAGCUGAAGGAGAGACUGGAGGCCUUCACUCAGGACUUCCUUCCCCAUAUGAAGGAAGAGGAGGAGGUCUUCCAGCCCAUGCUGAUGGAGUACUUCACCUACGAGGAGCUGAAGGACAUCAAGAAGCAGGUGAUCGCCCAGCACUGCCGGCAGCAGAGGUGGGACUGCGCGGCCGAGGUGCUCAAAGGCUUCAGUCUGCUCAACCAGGCCGAGGAGCUGCACAAGGUCUUCAAAUACUCAGACCACGAGAAGACAGGUGACGAGUUGGAGAAGGGGUCCGAAUCGGCCCAUAUCUCCCAGCUCCCCGUGGAGGUUCUGCUCAAGCUGUUCAGAUACCUGGGCCCAGAGGACCUGUGUCGCUGCGGGCAGGUUUCCACCACCUGGUCAAAUGUGGCCAAGACUGGCUCUCUGUGGAAGCACCUAUACCCAGUCCGCUGGGCUAGAGGUGACUACUACCACGGCCCCCCGGGAGAGAUGGAUCAGGAGCCGGACGACGAUUGGGUGAAGAGCCUGCAGGACGAGGGCCGAGCUUAUCAGGAGAAGGACGAAGACGCAGACGUGGAUGAGUCUGAAGAGGCCUCAGAGGAAAGUCCAGCUAUCAGUGCAGUUCAGCGAGAGAAGCAGCUGCUGAAUGGGAUGAUCCAGCACCUUCUGCCCAUCGUGGGCCCUUCCGUCAGGUCCAUCGUCCUGGCAUACAGCUUUGCAGUAUCCAGUAAAAUGGUCCGCCAGAUCCUCGCCCUUUGCCCCAAUCUCACCUACCUGGACUUGACCCAGACUGAUGUCACCGACUCUGCAUUUGACAGUUGGGCCUCUCUAGGUGUGUGUAGUUCUCUGGAGCACCUGGACCUGUCCGGCUGCGAGAAGAUCACAGACCACACCAUGAAGAGGCUUUCCCUGGGCUUGGGGGACCUGGCCUCCACCUCCUUUCCCAGAAACAGCCCACAGCGCAAGGCCAAGCUGCUGGCAGGUCCCCCCUCUCCCAUCAGGCUCCAGCAUGAUGCCCCCAUCUGCCCCAUCGGGAGGGGCAGGCAGGCGCUCAUCUUCAAGAGGAGGCCCGGUGGCUGUGGCAACAGCUUCGGACCGGCGCCUGUCUGGGUACUGGACCCAUCCGAGCUGGUUGAUAUUGAGGACGCGGCGGAGUGGAGCCGGCGUGGGGGAUUGGGCCCGGCCCUGGAAACCCCGGGCGGGCCCCUGGAGGGCCAGUGCUGCUGCAGAAGGAGCCGCACGCGAGGCUUCAGAACUGGUAAUGGUAGUGGCGGCAGCACUGGCGCCCCCUACUGGCAGCAGCAGCUGCAGCAGCAUGCACCCUACAGAGAUGCCCAGUGUGGCCACUCCACCUGCUGCGGUGGAGCCCCUGCUCUAAGGACUUCAAAAGGGGGGCAGUGCAGCCCUCUGACCACAGGGAGCAGCACUGACUUUCGGACUAAGUGCCCUGCAGAGGGCCAGACAUGCCCCGGACAUGACAAACAAACUGACAAAUCAGACACCUUCCGCGGUCUCAGGUUUCUCAGUCUGUCUGGGUGCUAUCAGGUCACAGACCUGGGCUUGAGGGCCCUGUCUCAGCGCGGAGGCCUCCCGGUCGUGGAGCACCUGAACCUGUCGGGCUGCCUCUUCAUCACCGAGGUGGGGCUGCAGGAGCUGGUGUCCGCCUGUCCGGCACUCAACGACGAGCACUUCUACUACUGUGACAACAUCAACGGUCCCCAUGCUGAGACGGCCAGCGGCUGCCAGAACCUGCAGUGUGGCUUCAGGGCAUGCUGCCGCUCUGGAGAGUAGAGCCCCAGCAUCCUCUUCUCCCCUCUUCCAUCUCGUGUGUGUGUGUGUGUGCUCUCCUGUAGAUCACUCUCCCACUCCUCUCAUACGUGCACUUUAAAUCUAGGAACACCAUCGGCUGUGCUCCCUUUUUUUUUCUUUUUGUUUUUCCCCCGACCUGCUAAAAUUCCUGAAAUGUCAUUUCCAUCUGUAUCUCUUGAGACAUAAUAUUCCUAAAUAGGGAGAGUGAACAUCUGUAUAUGCAGAUCUGUUGGAAACCGGUGAAGAUGUUUAAUCUGGUUCUCUCUGUUCUCCUAUAGGGCGGGGGUGAGAUGGUGAUAUCAUCCUGUAGUUUGGGGCAUUGCAUUUUAAAACUAACAUUUUGAGCUUCACUUAGUUAUGUUUUUUUUUUCCUUAGGGAUUCUUUCCAUCUUAUUUUUUUCCCCAGAAGUUCACAGCAUAGCUUGUAUUUUCUGAGAAGAUCUUCUCAUAGAAGCUCUCAUAGACUUCAUAGAUCAGCAUGCCACACGUUACCAUUUGAAACCUUCCUUCGUCAGUCACACAGAUAGUUACACCUUAUUGAGAUGAUUAUGAACCCCCUAUAUUGGACACAUGCAAAACCAUUGCACUUCAGCUAGGUUACAUAUAGGUUACAUGUUAGGAUGGGAUCUCAAGGAAAUCAAUGCAGUCCUACAAAAGGUCGUAGUUUAAAUUCUGCCAUUAUGUCAUUUCAAGUUACCAGCAGACUUAUUGGUUAGUUUUAUAAUGUUAUAGGCUCAGUUUUUGGAGUCAUCUGAAUUGUUUUCCUCACUCCAUAUCUGGUUUUGGAUGAUUUGGAUUGAAUGAAUAAAUGAUUUGCAUUGGAAUAUUUUGAAUGAUUGAAUAGCACAUCCUGUUCUUGAGCAGUGUGUUGAUUUUUCAACUGAAUUGGCCAGCAUUCGUAAAAUGAAUGUGUGAUUAAACGUUGAUUCCCGAUGUCAGGCCAAGCAAAUGUAAUGAUUCCUGAAGCAUCAUAAAUGUCUUCAGAAUUAGGGUGCCAAACAUAAGCCUCUCAUUCAGUUUGGCCUGAGGCCUUCACAUGCAUGGGGGGGGGGGGGGGGCGAAAUUGUUUCAAUAAACCAUUCUAAAGCUGAA